AUGGCCAGUGAUGUCACUUCUGCGCUCACUUUUAGAGUUCUUCUGCCAUUCUCUCUGAUUGCAGGCUGCACAAAGAAUCUGUUGAGAGCAAUCUGUUACACCAGUGCCCUUUUCCUACUGAUACAAUUGACUGCUCAGAUAAUUUUUCGUUUCAUGCCUCCUGACGGUGCAGUUUGGGAAGUGAUACUUGGAGAUUUGGGGAUUCUAAGAUUCAGCCAAGUGGAUGCUAAGAAUAUUGUGCGUCUAUUGGGUCCAGACAUUGGGAUGCUGGUCACAUCUCUUGUAGUAAUGAAGUUGAGCCAAAAGCUGGUGAUGCCCCUUGUUCCUGAGUCACCUUUAUCCUCCCAUAGCAAAGUGGUGGAGGAGGAGACAGGGGAAGAGACGGAGGCAGGAGAUGGAAUUGAUCAGGAUAUUGAUGACAGUAGUUCCGACAGUAGCACAUCCUCUGAAGCAAGUGUUUCUGGAGCAAGAACCAAGGGGAAGAUGACAGAAUUCUUGGGCAAAAUCAUUGCCAUCAUCACCCACUUGAAAACAAUACUGGAUACCAUUAUUACAGUAGCUGGGAAGAUCCUGGUGACCCUCCUCCUGGGUUUGUCAGGAAUUGUCUAUCCUUCACUUACAUCUGCUGUAUACUUUGUCACCUUCCUGGGCUUAUGCUCGUGGUGGUCCUGCCAUCAUGAAGUCGGCCCCCUGGCCUUCAGCACCAUGUGUGUCUCCCUAGCCAUCUUCACUUCAGGCCACAUCGGGAGUUUCUAUCUCUAUCAGCUGCCUUAUUUUCAAGACUUAGUUUCACCUGAAGACAUUUAUGCCAGGCUAUUGGGCAUGACUGCUCUCAUUAAGACCAAUAGAACAGAAUCCUGGAGACUCUACAUCCAUCAGGAACUCAGCUGGCCUGAGUUUGCAAAUCCUCUCAUUUUGCUUUUAUUCUACUAUGUGCUUAUCAUGCUAUUACAUCAAUGGAAUCCAAAUCCAAGGAUAAGUGAAUGUAAACAAGAAUGGAUAGAAGUUACUCCAGACUCUUCAGCAGACUAUGAUGAAGUAGAGAUGAACUGUAUCUUGUGGCCCAUUGUCAAUGAGGACAGGUUGACUGUUCCCCCGAGUGGAAGCUGGCAGGAUGUGCCACUCUUAAAGUGUGAAGAAUACAAGUUCCCAAGUUCUGGUGUGGAUUCACCUGCUUUUUGUGAUUCAGAACAUGGAAGCAGUGCCUUUCUUGAGGAGACAGAACCUAAGGACAAAGAGCCCAGCAGUUUCUUUGUUCUUCGUCAUCUCAUUAUGAGUCAAAGUUAUGUAACAGCAUUGAUCAUUAUGAUGGUCUGGAGCAUCACUCAUAACAGUUGGCUGACUUUUGUCCUGUUGAUCUGGUCAUGCAUCAUUUGGAUGAGUCGUAACAGGCAACGCUUGGCCCUGCUCAGCUCACCUUUUCUUGUCAUCUAUGCAAACAUCCUUAUUCUUCUCAACUUCUUUGUGGCUCUCAAAGUUUCCCAGGAAGAAUUAUUUCCAGGAGUUCCAACUUCAGUCCUCAUUGACUUUGAUCUAAAGCCUUAUUCUCAGCCCUGCUUCGAUAUUGGUGUCAAGACUUUCUAUGCAUUUUCAUUCUGGCUUCUCCUGAGGCAAUAUGUGACAGAGAGACAGUCCUUGGCAAAGGCAAAGGAGGAGGUUCUACAGGAAGUGACUGGUGAUGAAUGUGGUCAAGACAAACUAACAAAUGCUCUGAUGGAUCUCUUGGGCUCUUUCAUUAUUGGAAUUCUGACCAAAUACUGGAUCUUUCUUUGUGGUAGCAUGUUUUUUAUUGUCAGCUUUGAUGGCAAAGUGGUUGUCUACAAAAUCCUCUACAUCAUGUUUUUUUUUGCCUGUAUGGCCCUUUAUCAAAUUCACUAUGACUGUUAGAGACGAAACUUGAAGUAUUUCUGGAAGGCUGUGGUCUCUUACUCCAUGGUAGUUCUUAUUACUGUUUAUGGCUACCAGUUUAAAACCAUUUCUGGCUUUUUAAUCCACACACUGGGGCUGUCAGAAGAGGGGUUAAGAGAUAUAGGACUAGAGCGGUUUGAUACAGUAGAGCUGUUUGCAAGGAUUAUGCUUCCUGCGGCUUUUCUUCUGGCGUGCAUCCUUCAGUUGCAUUAUUUUAAUGAAGACUUUCUCAAGAUCACCAGCUUGAAUAAUACUGCAAUCAGUUUGGAAGGCACACCUGACAGAGAAAAGGAAGUUCAUUACCUAAGAAUCCCAGAGCUCACUUUGAGUGACCAUGAGAAAGAAACAAGAGAUUGUGACUGGAUGAUUGACAAGUUAACUACUGGUUUUCUGAAAGUUCUAGAAAUAGUUAAUGGAACUUAAGUGUUACUAUGGAGAUUCCUGGAAAUACACAUUAUUAAGAUUGUUUCCACUAUGAUCAUCUGGAUUACUCUUCAGGAGGUUUCCUUCAUGAAUUGUAUUUUCUACAUCAUCUGGGUGUUUGCAUUGCCGUAUUCCAAAUUGCGCCCGUAUGCAUCACAUAUCUGCACAGUUUGGGCUUGUGUGAUGGUCAUUUGCAAAAUGAUGUAUCAACUGAAGUUUGUCAAACCUCUGACCUACUCAUCAAAUUGCACUAAGUUGUAUCAGAAUGGGACUCUUCUACCUGACAACCUAGAAGAGCUGCGAGAGGUUUCUCUCUUAUAUAUCUCCCCUAUUGAUCCAGCAUAUUGGCUUGGGGGACUAAGAAAAUGCGAUACCAAACUCCCCAUCACUCUGACUUUACAGAAUCAUCUCACCAUCUUGGCAUUAAUGGCAAUUGAAGCCACUGUGUACAGGCACCAGAAAUUCUACCGACACUGUAAUCAGCUGAAACAGCCCCUAUUGAGCACCAUUUUUAAUGGUGUCACGAGAAAGCACUUGGAUGAUGGGUUACUGAGUAUGAUCAAAUAUUUCAUCAACUAUGGUUUCUAUAAGUUUGGGCUAGAGAUGUGCUUUGUUGCUGUUCUCAAUGUCACAGGACAACGCAUGGAUUUUUAUUCCCUGGUCCACAUCUGCUUGUUAAUUUAUUUGAUACGUCUUCGGAGGAGGAAAGCAAUUGCUGAGGCUUGGCCAAGAUACUGUGGGUUUCUUGCCAGUCUUAUGACCUUUCAGUACUUUCUCUGCAUUGGAAUCCCUCCAGCUUUUUGCAAAGAUUACCCAUGGAGAUCCAUGAGACCAGCAAUUCACUCAAAUCUCAUUAAAUGGUUGUAUCUCCCCGAUUUUGCCGAGAAACCAGAUGCUGGUUUUUUGCUGCAUGAUUUUUUGCUUCUGCUUUUUGCCUCUCUCCAGUGGCAAGUAUUUGAAGAUGAGAAUAAGGCUUCUGUGAGAAUGCAGGUAGGAGAUAAUGUGGAGAUAAGCCGGGAUUUAGUCCCUGAAGACCUAAGUCAAUUCACUACAGUACCAAACUUUAUUUACUCCCGAUCCUACCUGGAUAUGGCUAAAGUCAUUGUGUUCAGCUACCACCUCUGGUUUGUACUCUGCCUGGUUUUCCUCACAGGAACUUCUCAAAUCAACAUCCUCUGUGCUGGCUACCUGGUAGCCUUUUUCUAUUUCAUGCUCCAUGGAAGGGCCCUCCUGCUGAGACCCGUGAAAAUUAUUCUCCAUAAGUGGGAUUAUCUGAUUACAUAUGCUGUUCUAGUGAUUGCCAUGAAGAACCUUUUAAGUAUCGGAGCUUGUGCCUACUUGGAGAGAUUAUUGAGUUCCCACUGCUGGUUUGUACACAGUUUUAGCAUAUACUGUACAAUCAGAGGCUAUAGCUUGUCCUUUCCUGAUGAUGAAAAAUGUGAACCUCCAGAACAGGAUGCUGGGAUCCUAUGGGAUGCUAUAUGUUUCACCUUCCUGCUAAUACAGAGGAGGAUUUUUACAAGUUACUAUCAUCUUUAUGUAAUGGCUGAUCUAAAAGUUACUGAGAUCUUAGCAUCCAGAGGAGCUGAGAUGUUUGACUUGAAGUUUAAAAAGUUGUUGGUGCUCCGAGAAAAAGAAGAGGAAACGUCAAAACUGUUCAUGAUGAAACAGAUGGAGAAAAUCAAAUUGAAACAGAAGAAAAUUGACAGUAGGCAACAGACUGAUAAGACCCCUGAUGCUUCAGUGGUUAAAGACAGCUAUUCUCCCCAGCCAGGAGCAAGACAAACACAAGAAAUUCUAAUGCAGAGAAUAAUCAAUAUCAUCAAAUUUUCAUGGGUCUUUGGCAAAGUGCUGCUGGAGGACACCACAGCAGCAGUGCACUCCCUGUACAAAGAAAGUUGGGAAAUAGCCACUGUGUUGAGGAUGGAGCGGUGCAUGCUACUGAGAAGGCUCAGUAAGGGGGAAAAAGCUACCAAAGAGAAUAUUUUGAGAUACUACCAUUUAAAGCUUCAGGAGGAACAGAAAACCACACUUGUCAAAAUAAAGGAAAGGAAGACAGGAGCAGAAGACCAGGGGUUACCUGAAGCUGGGUUAUCUGAGCACUAUAGGGACAACGCACAGUUACCAAAUGAGUCAGAAGAGGCAGUGAUUCCUCCAGGGGAUCAUUGUAGAGAUAAAGAUACUUCAAGUCAACAAUCACCAAGGGAAGAGUUUCAGUUACAGGCUGGAGAGGGGAAGGACUUUGCCAAGAAUGACCUUGAGGAUCUGCCAUCAUCAAUGGGGCAUCCCCCAACUGGAGAAGACUUGCAAUCAUUUGAGGAGACCAUAGUACUCAGGGGACCUAGGGAACUCUCAGAGAUGGGUGAUGACCAUGCAAGUGAUGAUGAGGGAAAUCUGAGUGAGAAAGAUGAAUAUGAACAGUCAGUUUCAGAACUUGUUUGUCAAGGAGCCAGCCUAUCCUACAGCAGCUCAAUGCGAUCUCAGCAAAGAAGUUCCUUAUCAGAAGGCAAAGAGUUGGUUACUGUCUCACUGGGGCAGAAGAAGAAAAGAGUCACCAGACCUAUGAGAAAAACUCCAUUCCCAUUUUUAACAGCUGGAGAUUUACUCCUUAAAAGGGUUUUUUAUGACAGUGAGCUUGAAGAGGCUGAUAAGUUCUACAAGAAUCUCCCCCGGAUGGUGAAGUUGACUUUGGAGCUGUACAAACUGAUCGAGUCCAAAUCUGAAAUGCUCUGUUACUUCAUGAUCAUCCUAAACCACAUGGUUUCAGCUUCCAUUCUGACACUGGUGCUGCCCAUUCUGUGCUUCUUGUGGGCUAUGCUUUCUGUUCCAAGGCCUCCUAAAUGUUUCUGGAUGGCUGCUAUCUUUUACACAGAGGCAACAGUAGUGGUCAAAUAUUUUUCACAGUUUGGAUUCUUUCCCUGGACCACAAAGCUCUAUGCAGGCAUACAUGGAGAAAAGCCAUUUUCUCUGCCAAAUGUAGUUGGGAUUGAAAAGAAGAGUGGCUAUGUCCACUAUGACCUUGUGCAACUGUUGGCUUUGUUCUAUCAUAGGUCAGUCUUGAAGAGUCUAGGACUAUGGGAUGAGCCAUCCUCUGACCAGGCUAACUGCAAAGAAAAGAAAAAGAUGAAAAAAUCCAAGAAUCAAGGACACAGCAGCAGAAAGCAGGGGGGCUUCCCUCAGGGUUGGCAGGCAGAGCCUCAUCCUCAGCCCAUCCCCUCCCUGCGGGUUUUCUGGAGAAAAAAACAAACACCUUUGGGCACAGGGGAGUCCAAGGACAGAAAAAUCAAGAAGAUAAAGAGCUGGUUCCGGCAAUUCCCAAUCAAUGCAAAGAUGCUGAAGAAAAAGCUGGUGAAAGCCAGAAAGCUGGUAACUGAAACUGCCCUCCAUAUCUAUUGGACCAUUAAACAGUUCUUCUACAACAUCAUCCAUCCAGAAUUCAGCCCCGUGUGUGAUGUCUAUGCCUUCAAGUUCCUGGUUGAGAGCAUCAACUUUCUCAUCAUCAUCUGCAGAUACUGGGCCUUUGGAAAAUACUCAGCUGCUGAUCUUUCUGAAACACUUUCUGAGGACCAGGUUCCAGAAGCUUUCUUGGCAAUGAUCCUUAUACAGUAUGGCAGUAUGAUUGUAGAUCGUGCCAUCUACCUGAGAAAAAACAUGUUUGGCAAAUGCAUGUUUCAGGUUGUCCUGGUUAUUGGAGUUCACUUCUGGCUGUUCUUCAUUCUUCCAGGAGUAACCAAAAGGAGAUUCAGUUUAAACUACGUGGCUCAGAUUUGGUACCUGGUCAAAUGUAUUUACUUUGGCUUGUCAGCCUAUCAGAUCAAAUGUGGCUAUCCAAAUCGUAUCCUGGGCAACUUUCUGACAAAAAACUUCAAUUUUCUAAAUCUCUUCCUAUUUAAAGGCUUUCGAUUUUUGCCUUUCCUUUUGGAGCUGAGAGCAGUUAUGGACUGGAUAUGGACUGAUACUGCCCUCAGCCUAUCUAGUUAGAUCUGCCUGGAGGACCUAUAUGCUGGUGUUUUCAUCAUGAAAUGCUGGAGGGAAUCUGAAAAGAAAUAUCCCCAUUCACUAGGACAGCAGAAGAAAAAGAUUGUGAAAUAUGGACAGGGUGGUGUCAUUACUUUUGCUCUAAUUUUCCUCAUGUGGUUCCCACUGGUUUUUAUGUCUUUGUUGAAGUCAGUGGGGGGAAUAACCAACCAGCCCUUGGAUGUCUCCAUCAAAAUUUCCAUCAGUGGUUAUGAGACCCUUUUUACCAUGAGUUCUCAGCAGCAAAAUCUUAUCCCAUUCUCUCAGAAAGCAUUUGACAACCUGACAGCUCAGUAUGCUUUCCAUCCGGCUGCCAUGCAGUUUAUAUCAAACUAUCAUCCGGAGGACAUCAUUGUGGCAAAGAUCAAAAGCCAUGCCAGCCUGCUCUGGAACAUCAGCCCCGCCAACCGAGCAGCCAUGAUCACUGAGCUGUCCACGGCCACAGCGAUUUAUGUGACUUUGAUGUGGACUAUUCAGAGGGCGCUGCCUCCUCAAAUGCAUUCAUCACACCCUAACUUUCAUGAUUUAAACACUAUUGUGUCUGAGAACUUGGACUGUCACGUGACCCCAUUACCAUUUGGUAAGGAAAGACCCCAGGACAUUGACAAGUUGGCUUUCUACAGAAACAUCACCAUCCAGCUGCAGCAAGUAGCAGCCAAUGCGUCGUCCUCAGGCUCUGGGACUACAGAGUGGUGGGUUAUACAGGAGUGGAAACCCAGCUGUGCAAAGAACCAAGGCUGCAGUCAGGACCUCGAAAUUAUCAUCUACAAUGACAAAGUCAGCCCCCAGAGCCUGGGCUUCCUUGCGGGAUAUGGUAUUGUCGGGUUGUAUGUGUCUGUGGUCAUGGUUAUUGCUAAGUUCAUCCGGGAACACUUCAAUGGCAUCUCCCGUUCCAUCAUGUAUGAGGAGCUCCCCAAUGUGGACCGCAUCCUCAAGCUUUGCACCGACAUCUUCCUGGUCAGGGAAAUGGGGGACUUUGAGCUGGAAGAACAGCUCUUCUCCAAGCUCAUCUUUCUGUAUCGCUCCCCAGAGACCAUGAUCAAAUGGACUCGAGAGGCCCAAUCCCCUUCCCAGCAGCCGGUGGAUCAGUGA